AUGCUUUAUACAAUUCGUCAAAUGGAAAGAUACGGACAAAAUGCUGUCAACAGGAAAAAGGAGUUUAUUUUAAUAAGUAUAGCAUUGUAUGUGUGUUAUGUGGCCUAUGGUCUGGCAUAUAACAUAUGGGGGCCCACGUGGGUGGACCUGGUGGAACUGAUGGGUAGUGAUCAGGUGAACAUGGCUUAUGGUAACUCAUUAAUGGCAUUGGGGUACACUAUUGGAGCAUUUUGU